AUGAAAAUAAGAAUGAAACUAAUUAUAAAGAAAGUAAAUAAGUAGUAGCAAAUUUCAGAUUUUUAUAGAUAAUAUAUAGAGUUGAAAUUUUUUAUAAUUAGAGAAGGGAAACUAAAAAAAAGAGAUGUGACAUUAUAUUUUGAGAUAAAAAUAGAAGAUAAUACCAGAAAUUCAGAUUUUAUAAAAGGGUUUUACACAUCUAAAGAAUAUACGAAUUAAUUAAUCUUUUGUAAUUCAUAGAAUUCUAUUUAUUGAGUGGAAAAGUAUAUCGGAAAAAUAAUUUAAUUAAGUUUGAGAAAAUAUUAGAAUGGAAUUAGUAUUAGAUAGAGAAUAUGUAUAAUUUACAAUUGGAAGAAGAUAUGGAAAAUGAAAAGAAAAAGGUG